UGUACACAGGCUCCCCCCUAACUUUCUGUUUCAGAGGAAAGCAAAGAAGAGAAUCCGAACACUCCUCCUUCAUCUACUUUUUUUUAGUCCGAUCCAAACAUCCACGCCGUCCCCUUCGGCUCCCGUUCCUCCUUCCACUAUACUUUACUGUAUCAGUCCGUCUCAUCACAGUCACAGGUUGGUUGGGAUAUGGCCGAUCAAAUCCUCCAAACAAGUCCUCUGGAGGACACUCAAACGCCACCGCCGCAGCAACUCGAUGAGCAGCCAUUGGCAUCGGUGGCGCUUGAUCUUCAGAAAGACUCACCCUCACCCCCGCCGACAGAACCAUCUCAGCCAGCCAAAGAAAAGCUGAAAGAAGCAGUCACGGUUGUACAGAAAGACGCCCCUUUAGAGCCUCCGCCAGCGGAACCUGCCACCACGCCACGGUCAUCAUCCCAGCCCCUGGUGGCUCCUCCGGCAGUGAUUGACCCCGAAACAGAGAAAUCGGUGGACAAGAAAAAGGGCCCGGAAUCAUUUGCCUCUUUCAAAGAGGAAAGCAAUAAAAUUGCAGAUCUCUCACGCUCUGAGCUGAAAGCAUUGGAGGAGUUUAGAAUAUAUGUUCGAGAAGCUGUUAACAAAGGCCAGUUCAAUGCUGUCACGCCUUCGGGAAGUGCUACUAAUUUACCCGAAGAGGUUUCAAUAUGGGGUGUGCCUUUGCUAAAAGACGACAGGACAGACGUGGUUCUGCUCAAGUUUCUGCGUGCCCGCGACUUCAACGUGAAGGAAUCCUUCGCUAUGCUGAAGAACACCUUAAUUUGGCGAAGCAAGUUUAAUGUGGAUGAGUUACACAAGGAAGAUUUGGGGGAUGAUCUUGAGAAAGUUGUAUUUAUGCAGGGGCAAGACAAAGAGGGCCACCCUGUGUGCUAUAACGUCUAUGGCGAGUUUCAGAACAAAGAUUUGUACGAAAAGACAUUUUUAGAUGAGGAGAAAAGAUUGAAGUUUCUCAGAUGGAGGAUUCAGUUUUUGGAGAAAAAUAUAAGGCAGCUGGACUUUAGCCCUGGUGGAAUCAAUACAAUCUUUCAGGUUAGCGACAUUAAGAAUUCCCCCGGACCGGGUAAAAGGGAACUGCGCAUUGCUACUCGGCAGGCAUUGCAGAUUCUUCAGGAUAAUUAUCCUGAGUUCGUCGCGAAGCAGGUAUUCAUCAAUGUCCCGUGGUGGUAUUUAGCGUUCUAUACAAUGAUCAGUCCCUUCCUAACACAGCGCACCAAAAGCAAAUUUGUGUUCGCUGGCCCAACAAGAACUGCCGAGACUCUGUUCAAGUACAUAUCUCCUGAACAUGUGCCAACUCAGUAUGGUGGCCUUGGCGUGGAUUCCUGUGAAUGCAAUCCAGAGUUUAGUGUGGAUGAUCCUGUCACAGAAAUCACUAUUAAACCUGCCACUAAGCAAACUGUGGAAAUCAUUGUAAACGAGAAAUGUAGUCUUGUUUGGGAGGUGCGUGUGGUGGGGUGGGAAGUGAGGUACGGCGCAGAGUAUGUACCAAACGUGGAAGGCGGGUAUACAGUGAUCAUAGAAAAGAGGAGGAAGAUGGUUCCAACUGAUGAGCCGGUUGUGCGAACGAGUUUCAACGUCACCGAGUUGGGUAAGAUAUUGCUCACCAUUGACAACCCGACCAGCAAGAAGAAGAAACUACUUUACCGAUUCAAGGUUAUGCCCUUGCCUUUGCCCUUGGUCGACUGAUUCUGAUAGAUAUGAUAAUGAUAUGUCUGGCUGGUGACAAACCCAUGAUUAUAAGAAUGAUGAUUACUUGUUUUCCAUCACUGGAGCGAACGAGCGAGCUAGAUGGUUUUGAUUAUCGUGAUUGCUAUGUAUGUAUCUGUAGAGAAGAAACAUACAUGGUGAUGGUGUUGGUGUUGGUGUUUUCUCUAAA